AUGAAGCUGACCACAGAAAUCCAUUUAUUAUUGUUGUCCGCGUGUUGUUGGUGUAUUUUAUCUCAGGAAACUCUGUCGACAGGGGGAGUUCUAACAGUUGUGGACCCACCCCCGGGGGAUGUUGCCCGACAGAACCAGGGAUUGGGGAGUCUGAAGGCUUUAUGUAGCAGUUGUAAGUCUGUUGUGUGUACACUUGGUAUUCCAAACGACUGUGGCGCGUAUGUUGUUUGCGAGUCCGGACGACAACCAACACAACUCAGGUGUCCGUUCGGAACCUUCUACAACGAGAAAGAAAACCGAUGUGAUUUCCCCUCUAUCAUCAAAUGCGCAAGAGAUCCGUGCUCUGAUCCCCGAUAUCCCAAUCUGGUGUCGUACCAAGACUUCAGGAUCAAGGAGCCCAACUGUCGCUACUACUGGAGGUGUAACGGCAAUUAUUCUGCUGCAGAAUGUUGUCCGGAAGGGACUGCCUACAGCGGAAAAGACGGCGCAUGCGUAAAGGAUAAAGCAUGUAAUGCUUCCUGUCCAAGAAAUCAAGAUACUCAGGUUGAUAAAGAUACAGACAGUCAAGUGACAGUGUGUAACGGUAAUGUCAAGACGCUAAAAUGUCCCCUUCGUAUGGAAGUUCGCAUCAAUGAAGUGUUUUAUGGGCGUGUUAAUGCUAAAACCUGCGGCCCGUCUCCACCCGUCACUAAACCGUGCUCCACGCGGUCCGCUCUCACAGCACUAAGAAGCCAAUGUGCAGGAAAGCAAUCCUGUUCUGUGACAGCUGACCCCUCUCUCUAUACUGAUCCCUGUCCAGGAAUAGAUAAAUAUUUGCAGGUCGAAUACACUUGUAAACCAGGGUGUAACCUUAAAAGCAAGGAUGGCAAGACGUUCUACAACGAGGCAAACGUCGCCGAGAUACAAAAGUGUGGUCACGGCACCAGAUUUGAUGCCGAGCUAUGCACGUGCGUACGAUCUGGAAGUGUUGCACCAUUGUGUCAGUUGGAAGUUCAUAUUACCUUCAAUGAUAUUAAGAGCAAGAUAGUGAAAAACGAAGCCGAAUCCCCGGUGUGGAUAUACACAAAAUCAAUCGAUAAGAUCAAAGGUUACGGUCAGUUCCGGGGAAACAGUUCUGUUACCAUUCCUUUUUACAGUGGAAAUGAUAAUCUUUCCCGGAAGUUUGGAAUCCAAAUUAGGAUUUACGUAAUGGCACAGGGACCGUCCAAACAAAUAUUGCUGACAAAUUGCGAUAGAGAUACUUCGAGAUAUCCGGAUGCAUCUUCACUCGAAAUUUACAUCAAUAGGACGACUUCAGGGUCCGGCAUCCACAUCCGAAUAGUAAACAAUGAUAAUACUGUCACAACUUUAGCUCUUCCGAUAAAAAUCCAAGAAUGGACCAACGUGCUGUUCCGAUUUGACGGGUCAUUCCUACACGGGACGUUGCAACAUAUCAACAAGGGUACAGGAAAAGUUCAGGAGGAUAAAGGAAAAGUGGCUUUCUCAGGAAACAUGAUGACCAGUGUUGGCCCGUUGAGGAUUGGGUCUUGUACAGAUUUCGUCGAUGGACUCUAUGCUUUCAUUGAUGAGAUUCAAAUAUCCUUUUGCAAGGUGGCGUUACCAAUGAGAGGCGCUGGUACUCCAUAG